CAUGUAAGCGCAUCAGUAAUCAACUCACCGCAGCGACUUUCGUUUGUCGUAGUUCGCUUUGUAUUUCGCAGUUCGCUAUCGUGCGCCGGAGAUCGUUUGAUGCCGUCGUACUUGGAGCCUUCUGCGUGUUUCUGUCAAAUUGUUGCGUUCAAAUAAAACAGAAUGGCUCCCCAGGAAACCACACCCGCUCCCAUGGAGACAGUUUCCCUGCGCGUGGAAAACCUGCAGGUGCCCGUGGAAAAGAGUGUCGCCGUCGUCAAGGAGGACGAAAAGAAGCCGCCGAUGGACUUUGACGACGUGCUGCCGCACCUCGGCGAGUUCGGCAUCUACCAGAAACUGCUCUUCCUCAUGAUGAUCCCGUUCGCCUUCUUCGUCGCCUUUGUCUACUUCACACAGAUCUUCAUCACUCUCGUCCCCGAACAGCACUGGUGCCGUGUGCCCGAGCUCGAGGGACUGCCCGUCGAACUCAGGAAAGCGCUAAGCAUCCCGAAGGAGGGAGAUGGGUUUUCACGGUGCUCGAUGUACGUGGCCGACUGGCAGUCGGUGCUGGCGAAGGGGGUGCGCGAGGCUGACCCCAGCUGGCCCACCGCCUCCUGCGCCCAUGGCUGGGAGUACGAGUUCACCGACGUCCCUUACGAGACCAUCGCCACUCAGCUGGAUUGGGUUUGCGACAACAUGGAAUUGCCGACCAUAGCGCAGUCGAUCUUCUUCUGUGGUGCGAUCGUGGGUGGACUGCUGUUCGGCUGGAUGGCCGACCGUUACGGCCGUAUCCCCGCCCUGGUAGGCGCCAACCUGGCUGGCUUGCUCGCCGGGUGUGGCACUGCCCUCGCCUCCACCUUUGUCCAGUUCUGCGUGUGUCGCUUCCUCGUCGGAAUGGCAUUCGACAACUGCUUCACCAUGAUGUACAUUCUCGUUUUGGAAUACGUUGGACCGAAAUGGAGGACAUUUGUUGCGAACAUGAGCAUUGCGCUGUUCUUCACAGCAGCCGCCUCGCUGCUGCCCUGGAUCGCCCUCUGGCUGGGAGACUGGAAGAUGCUCACCAUUGUCACCUCACUGCCGCUCGCCAUCUCACUCCUAGCUCCUGUUUUCAUUCCCGAAAGUGCCAGAUGGUUGGUUUCUCAAGGAAAGGUUGACAAAGCAGUCAGGAUCAUGAGAAAAUUUGAAAAAAUCAAUAGAGUACAUGUUGACCCAAAAAUCUACACUGAAUUCACAGAAAGCUGCAGGAAAACUCAGAAAGAGGAAGAAAAUCAAAAAGCCUAUUCUGUUUUGGAUCUUUUCAAGACUAAGAGGCUUAGACGCAUAACAAUCAUCCUAAUCAUCAUUUGGAUGGCAAUCUCGUUGGUGUUCGACGGCCACGUGAGGAACGUUGGCACCCUGGGCCUGGACGUGUUCGUGACGUUCACGAUCGCUUCGGCCACCGAACUGCCAGCCGACACUCUGCUUACACUCACCCUGGACAGGUGGGGACGUCGCUGGCUCGCUUGCGGCACCAUGGUGCUCAGUGGGGUCUUCAGUCUUCUCGCCACUAUGGUUCCACUUGGCCUACCAUCAGCGACACUUGCGAUCAUCGGUCGUUUCAGCAUCAACAUUUCGUACAACAUCGGGCUGCAGUACGCUGCAGAGUUGCUGCCAACUGUGGUGCGCGCGCAGGGCGUCGCCCUCAUACACAUCAUGGGCUACGUUGCCAGCAUCCUCUCGCCCUUCGUCAUCUAUCUUGCAAAUAUCAACCCUCAAUUUCCUUUGAUGGUGCUUGGUGUAUUGGGAAUAGUAGGAGGCUUUUUGACCCUGUUCUUGCCUGAGACCAUGGGACAAGAACUUCCCCAAACCCUUCAAGACGGAGAAGACUUUGGUAGAGACCAAACCUUCUUCGAUAUACCAUGCAUCAACAAGCCGAAAAGUGUCGACAACAACAACUUCCAAAGAUCAGUAGCCAGAGUGUCAGUGAGAGCUUCGGUCAGAGGAGAGCAUUUCCGAUCCAGCCUCAUCAAUAGGAGCAGUCAAAGGAAGGCUUUGCCUGCAGCUGCAGCGCAACAACAAGUCUAACAUCAACAUCAAUCAUUAUAGUCGUCAAAUAGCACUCACCGUGCUAACAUGUGAUACAGACUUUUCAAGUUGAAUAAUAAUUUGUCAUUGUUAUUCAAGCUAUGAGAUGUACAUAAAUUGCUAUCAGUUUUAUUGAUAGUGUUUUUUGUAAAGUAAAAUAUGCAAAGUAUUGCACCCUAAUAACUUAACUAGAGUAAGAGUUAAGAAUUUUUCCUAUAGCUACUUAGAAUUUUUACUCUUCCUCAUUUUAGUCAUAGGUUUAUUAUUUAUUUCUAUUCAUUGAAUCACUCACUAUUUAUUUGUCAUUAAUUGCAUACCAAAUGUAGUAAUGUAAAACAUUUGAAUGUGUAUUAUAUUUUAUAUUGUGUAAAAGUUGUGAUAUGUAUUUGUUAAUUCUGAGUAAACCAAAUAAUACUCAGUUUUACAAGACUUCAUUAAAUAUGUACAAAGUA